AUGGGUAAUAGCAACACGAAAGAAGCACGGCCGCCGGGAUCAAGUAGACACAAUCCUUCCGGUCAUUCUCACUCUCCGACCGCAUCCGGCGCACCGGCGAGCUCAUCCCAAGUAUCCUCCUCGGGCGGGGUCUACACACAUACAUCGAGCGGCGGGCGACGGAGUCGGCAUGAUUUGUUCCUAGGACUACGCGGCAAUGCCGAUGUGGACCCGUCGGCGCCGGAGGCUCGACGGGAGACGAAGGCGGAGAGAGAGGCACGGAAGUUGGAGAAGGAGCGGGCCGCGAGGUUGAAGGAGCGUGAACGGAGCAUGAGGGAAGAAGGGGUUGACGGUGGGUAUUUGGUAACGGUGGGCGUGUAUACAGGUCCCGAGGAUUUCAGUAAACCGAUUGUGCGGCAGUUGAUGAUCGAACGACGGAUUGCACCUUUCUGGCGAGGGCUCAACAAUCAUGAAGACUCAUGGACCGAACAUCAACUGGUCGCUGCAGCAAAGGGACUACCCAUACCUGCUGCCGAUGAGAUUCCUGAGGAAGAUGGUUCGCGACGGACGUCAGUACAUGACACUAGCCCACGACAAUCCGACACCAACAUCAAUAGCCUCACCAUUCCCAUCACCGGACGAUCCCCAUCCCACAGCUCAGAGACAAACCUUGCUCCCUCACAUCCCGCCUUCUCCUUGCCCUCCCCUCCCUCACCCUUCGGAUCGCCACCAGCGUCAACAAACUCACCAUUCUUUAGGGGCAGAGCCAAGACUCUCGCGGUUCUAACCACCUCCCGAAAUAGCUCGCAGUCCGAGAUGGUGCAACAGGAGAUCCAAUUACCGAAAGAACCUUACGUGAACGGGCAACGGGUCGAGGCCUUCCUCUACAAGGAUGCUGCCGAAUGCCCCAUCUGCUUCCUAUACUAUCCUCCAUGGCUGAACAAGACCCGAUGUUGCGACCAACCGAUCUGCUCCGAGUGUUUUGUCCAGAUCAAACGGCCUGACCCUCACCCUCCCGAACACCACGAUGACGACCCGAGCAAUACGACCCAGCAAGCGGAAAGCAGCGCCGCCGCCGCCGCAAACGAAGACUAUCAGCUCGUUUCCGAACCGUCAACCUGCCCGUUCUGCAAAAUGCCGGAAUUCGGUGUAACCUUCGACCCGCCACCUUUCCGACGAGGCCUAGCGUAUGCCAAUCCUGGUGCCCCUGGGAACCCGCUCGCCUCCGCCGCCUCUGCCAUGUCUUCGUCCAGUUCCUUGAACUCGCAAGGUCUGACGUCACCGGGAGGAUCCAGUUCACAGAACCGGCGACGAACCACUUCGCUUUCUGCGUCGGCGCCUCAGGUCAUCACGACGGACCGCGUGCGACCCGACUGGGCGAAAAAGCUGUCCGAUGCCCGUGCGCAAGCGUUACGACGCGCUGCUGCGGCUACUGCUCUUCACAAUGCUGCUUACGUUCUGGGAAAUGUUGGUGGCAGUGAUGGUCGGGGCACAUUUGGCCGGCGUAGUAGAAGGCCCUUGUUCGGUGGCAAUGGACAGGGACUUGGCGAUCAAAGUCCUGGGAGUGGAACUGGGGGAAGCGGCUCUGGGACACCGAGACAUGGUGAUGGUAAGUCUUCACGCUGUCACACCGCUUCUAUUCUGACCGUACCUAACGUACCAAUGGCCCAAUCAAACACCCCAGGCGGCGCGUCUGAUCUCCCCCCGCCGCGAAACACCUCCCGCCGCGCUCGCAUCGAAGACAUUGAAGAGCUCAUGAUGAUGGAAGCCAUCCGCCUCUCACUUCAAGCCGAAGAAGAGCGCAAGAAGAAAGAAGAGAAAGAGCGCGAGAAAGACGCCAAGAAAGAAGAGAAGCGACGCAAGAAGGAGGAGAAGAAAUCCCGCAAAUCCUCCGGCGGUUCCUCCUCCUCUGUGAACCUAUAUGCCACCCCCGUCCACAACGCCAGCACCGCCUCCGACCUCGCCUCGGCCCCCUCCGCCCCCUCCGCCUCGGGAACCACCAUCCCCAGCGCCACGCUUCCCGGCAAGGGAAAGGCGCCCGUCGGAGGCGAUCCAUCGCGAAGCAUCAGCGUCGAGAGCGCCACGUCCUCUUCGGCCCACGACCUCGCCGCGUUGUCCAGCGGCCCGCAAGCGCAUCUAGAGCAGUCGCGCGCGACGCUUGCUGCGCACAACCACCUCGGCGACGUCCAUAUCCCGCAGCCGAGCUUGCUAGCGUCGCAUCAGGGGAUGUUAGAGGGUGCAGAGGCGGAUGCGCGUGGUGAGGAGGUGGGAGAUGAGGCGGAGGGAAGGGUGGAAGGGGAGGGGAGGGGAGAAGAUGGUGCUGUGGGAGAGGGGAAUGGGGAGGAGGUGAAGACAUCGAUGGUGUAG